AUGUUGCCACUGGAGGCGGCAAGUCGCCGACGAGUGUCAGUGCUUCGCUUGGACUGCGAGGCGCGACACACAACGCGGAACGUGGCCUCCUCCGUGCUCCUCCGACAUCGACUUGACCCGCAUUUCCAUUUUUUUUUAUUGUUGCGUGCUCGACGAAGUGCCGCGAGUGGCUGGCCCCAAAAUAACCCCAGAUCACGACGCCCCAGAAACGGCCUCACAAUAGGCGCCUUUGACUCAAUCCUGCGCCGGGUGCUCCUGGCACUGGCUCCGCUGGUCAGCGCGGAUGCCAUCCUGCGGCUCAGCGACAACACCACCUCGAUCCUCGGCGACGAUCUGCUCAACUACACCGGCCUGGAGGUGGACGUGGGCCUCGAGAUGGACGUGAAGGUGGACCUAGAGCCGAAGCUGGAGGUGACUACCGUGAAGACGAGUCCGGGCCGGCCGAGGGUCAGUGCCGACGUGCCCAUCUGGGUGGUGCCCUGCUACUCGGCCAUCCUGCUCUGCGCCGUCGUGGGCAAUCUGCUGGUGGUGCUCACCCUGGUCCAGAACCGUCGCAUGCGCACCAUCACCAACGUCUUCCUCCUCAACCUGGCCAUCUCGGACAUCCUGCUGGGCGUCUUCUGCAUGCCUGUGACCCUGGUGGGCACGCUGCUCCGGCACUUCAUCUUCGGCGAGGUCCUCUGCAAGCUCAUCCAGUUCGCCCAGGCUGCCUCGGUGGCCGUGUCCUCCUGGACCUUGGUGGCCAUAUCCUGCGAACGCUACUACGCCAUCUGCCAUCCGUUGAGGUCCCGGACGUGGCAGACCAUCAACCACGCCAACAAGAUUAUAGCCAUCAUCUGGCUGGGCAGCCUGCUCUGCAUGACUCCGAUUGCGGCUUUUAGCCAGCUGAUGCCGACCAGUCGACCAGGUCUUCGAAAAUGCCGGGAGCAGUGGCCCGCCGACAGCCUGAACUACGAGCGGGCCUACAACCUCUUCCUGGACCUGGCCCUGCUGGUGCUACCACUCCUGGCCCUGAGCUUCACCUAUCUGUUCAUAACCCGGACCCUGUACGUCAGCAUGCGCAACGAAAGGGCCAUGAAUUUUGGCAGCAGUGGCCCAGAGACAUCCGCCCCUGCCCACGGUCCCGCCCCCUUGCCUGCCGCGCCCAUCGCCGGCCCAGCAUCCACGCCCAUAACCGCCAGCCAGAGGCGCUCCAACGGCAGCCAUUUCCAGCAGUCCCUGGAGCAGCACAAUCCGCAGCAGUACUACUACGCGGACAGCAGCUAUUCCCAUGGCGGCAGCAAGCGGCGCUUACUCACCGGAGGUCCUUGCGAAGGUCGAAGGCAUCUCUACUGCAUGCGGAGUGCCUCCGUCAAGUCCUUGAGGCAGCAGCAGCAGCACCAACAGCAACAGCAGCAGCAGCAGAUCAGUGGCAGUGGAUCAUCGGGCGGUGGGGGAGGAUCAGUUGGAGGCGGAGGACCUGGAGACUGCUGCAGUCGCAGCCAAAGGAUGCGCCACCAGGUACAGGGCUAUGCCAGCGACAACGAGUCCCGGCGCAAGUCCGUGUCCCAGCCCAGCCUCAGGAUCACAGAGGUGGGACUUAGGAGCAUUGUGCCGCGUCGCUCGAACGAAAGCAAGAGCCUGGAGAGCAAGAAGCGAGUGGUGAAGAUGCUGUUCGUCCUCGUCCUGGAGUUCUUCAUCUGCUGGACGCCCCUGUACGUGAUCAACACGAUGACGAUGCUGUUCGGGCCGGUGGUGUACGAGUACGUGGGCUACACGGCCAUCAGCUUCCUGCAGCUGCUGGCCUACUCCUCGUCCUGCUGCAACCCCAUCACCUACUGCUUCAUGAACGCCAGCUUCCGGCGGGCCUUCGUCGACACCUUCCGGGGCAUGAACAUCUGCGAGCGACUGUGCGCCCCAUGCUGCUUCUGGCGGCGUCGCUCCAAGAACGAGACGAACCUCUCGGUGGCCGGCAAUUCGAUUGCCCUGGCCAACUCCGCCAUGUCCAGCCACACGAUCCUGGAGAGCCCGCGGCUUUGAGCCAGCCGGACGGGUCUCAGCCGGAGCCUAAGCCGGAGGAGCCGGAACAGGAGCCGCAAGCGCAGGGCGGAGAUGGAGACGGAGUCGCUGUAGGUGCCUCGUCCUGCAGGCUUCGUCCUUUCAGCAAUAUGUGAUGAUGGAAUGCAAUGUAACUGCAUUCGGAAACGGAAACUGUGGUUGUCAACGAUUCUGCCCCACGUUCUGAAUGUGUGUGUGUGGACAUGGUUGUGGUUCGGAGCAGGGGCAGGGGGCGGAGCUAAAGGGGGCCCAAAUUAGACACUUAAAAAAACAUACUCUUGUUACUCUUUAGUGUUUUUUAAUCUGUGUGUCCGCGCGUCUGUUGCUUAGGAGCAUUGCCCACAAAAAUGGGAAUAAUUAGCGAAACCCACAAAUCGCAAGAGCAGUGUCGGUCUCUGAAAUAAAUCUAUAUUUAAGCUAUAGUCUGGCUCAGAUGAAAUGGAUUUUGUUUUGAAAUCUUUUACAGAAGAGCAUUGAAGCAUUUGAAUUAAUAAUUUAAUUUCUUAAAAAUAACAUGAUAGUGUCGCAAAAAUCUAAUUCAAUAAUUAAAUGCCAUAGUUCUGAGUCAACAAAGCAAAUCACAAAUAAAAUUGAUUUUAGGAGAGUGAAUAAAUAAAACUUAAUCUCUUCAAAGCACAGAACUGAUUGAAAUAUCCAGCAGUUUCCAUUUUAUUUAGUUUUUUAAAUUGAAUCUUGAGCGUCUAAGCUUAAGGACUUUGAAAUAAAUUUAAAAUAUAAUAGACAGCCUGACACUGCUUAUUCCCGUAAAAUUAAAGUAAUAAUAAUCCCAAAAAAACUCAAAUAAGAACACAAAAGAGUAAAGGAAGGUUUCAUGGAAUCCAAAGCAUUUGAAGUUCAGCAACUUACAGGGUAGCCGGGAAGUCCAUACAUAUUCAGGACAUUCUCUUGCAACAACACAUAAAAUAAAUAAAUAAAUAGGAUGUCUUGAAGGAAUAUGGGAAUAUCGAAUUGAAUUUAAUUUAAAGUCACUCGCAGACCAGAAAUCCAAUUUUAAGUAGUGGCAGAUAGAGGCAAAGUACUCGGAUUGAAAAGUGUUUUAAUUUAAAGAUUUGAAUCUACAAUGCAGGAACAGGGGAGAAACUUUCGAUUUAAUGCUUGAAUUCACCUCAACGAACUUGGCAAUUGCAAUUCUACGAAAUAAUUAUACUCAUAAAUGGAAAAAUCUCAGUGUUUUUUGAAUGUAAAAAUAAAUGGAAAUUAA